AUGGAUCCUCCUGCUAAAAAACGUCGGAGACUUUGGUCGCUUCAGCAAUUACAAGCUGCAACAGCUUCUGUUCAAGGAGGACUGAUGUCGCAACGUGGGGCAUCUGCGUGGUACUCUAUUCACAGAAAAACUUUGAUGCCCAUGGAAACUGUGAAGGUGAUCAGUAAUAUUCAAAUAAAACCACCAAACAUCAUGGCUCACCAAGAUGUUCCAGCUAAUUCAAUGAAAAUUGAUAUGUGUUACGAGUCAGUGCCAAAUACAUCUUCUCAGGAAAUCACGUUAAGAAAGAGACCAUUAUCUGAUUUGAGCCCUUCACUCAAUAUUACCCAAUCAAAUAAAAGGAAAUGUGUCGCGCAUAAGUAUGUACAAACAUCAAGAGGUAAAGAAAAUAGUCAAAUAAAAAGAGAAGUUAAAAUUCUUAAACAAAAAUUAAAACGCAGAGAUUUGAAGAUUACGUCGAUGAAAAAUCUUCUUAGUGUAGUGAAAAAAAGGACUGCGCAUUAUGAAGAUAUUGAGAGUAUCAUUAGAGAUCAUUUUUGCAAUAUUUAUUCAGAAUUUAAACCUAAAAAUAAAUCUAAGAUAUCACCAGGUGUAAGAUAUAGCAAGGAACUUAAGCAGUUUGCUCUAACUCUUAAUUACUAUUCUCCACGGGCAUACAGAUUCUUGCGCACAUGCAUUAAUUUGCCACAUCCUGCUACAAUUCGCAAGAUGCUUUCUUCUGCAGAGUGUAAUGUCGGUUUCCUUAAGGAAGUUUUUGAAUUUUUAAAAUUAAAUGUCCAAACGAAUCCCGCUUUAAUUCAUGUUGCCCUGAUUUUUGACUCAAUGGCUAUUAAAUCGGAGCUCGUGUAUGAGAAAAACUCAGAUAAAACUUGGGGUUAUGUUGAUUUGGGUGGAAUUGAAAAUGUAGAUUCCUAUGAAGUGGCGAAAGAAUCUUUAAUUUUUCAAAUAGUGUCUUACACAACUGAUGGAGAUGUGGGCGGAGCGGAGGCGGCGAUUGGAGCUAACAGCACCAAUGCGCGCGCGCCGCACGGUAGCCACUCUUGCAUACCGGCAUACAGCCUCCGCACACACCUUCCCACUUAA